UAUUCAGAAAUUGAUAGUAACAUAAAGUGGAUGCAUUCAGGAGAUUAUGAUGUGUCACUAACAAACACGUAUGGGGUAAAGCUUUUAGUAACAAUGUACUCAACUAUGAUACUGCCAAAUGAAUGAAUGCAGACACUCAUCAACAACUUGGUUAUGGGUUAGAGACAAUGGGUGCGUGCCUUAGUGUCGAUGAAGAUGAGCGAUUGGCACGAGCGAGGAGUGAUUCAAUCGACAGACAGUUAUUCAAUUUGGCAAAAGAAGAUGAUAAGAUAAUCAAGAUUUUAUUAUUAGGUGCAGGGGAGAGUGGGAAGAGCACUCUAGUCAAGCAGAUGAAGAUAAUACAUAAUGAUGGUUUCACAGAUGAAGAACUCAUUAGUUUUAAGCCCACGGUGCUGGACAAUCUGCUACAGUCAAUGAAGUAUGUGCUCACUGGCAUGGGACUGCUGAGAAUUAACCUUGAAAACCCACAAAAUAAGGUGCAUGCAGAGACUGUGUUAGCUUGUAACAAGUGUACGGACUCGGACCACCAGGUGUUCCCCUAUAUCUCACAUGCCAUCCAGUGUCUCUGGCUGGACAGAGGAAUUAAACUAGCUGCUAGUCGAGGGUAUGAGUUUGAACUCAAUGACUCUGCAACAUACUACUUUGAAAACAUGAGCCGAAUUUGCAGCAAAGAUUAUAUCCCAAACUCUAAAGAUGUGCUAAGAGCGAGGGUCAGGACUCAGGGUAUCAUCGAAACAUGUUUCAAAAUACACGAAUACAUCUUCAGGUUAUUUGAUGUUGGGGGUCAAAGGUCAGAGCGCAAGAAGUGGAUUCAAUGUUUUGAUGAUGUACGUGCCAUACUGUUUGUCGUUGCCUUAAGUGGCUUUGAUAUGACAUUAUUCGAGGAUUCUUCUGUUAACCGUAUGGAAGAAAGUCUCACACUAUUUCGCUCAAUAGUCAACAACAGAUUUUUUGCAGACACAUCUUUGAUUUUAUUUUUAAACAAACUUGAUUUGUUCAGGAAGAAACUGUUAUAUGCUGGGAGACAUUUGCGGUUCUAUUACCCAGACUUUAAAGGUGAAGAUUAUGAUGUAGACAGUGCUGCCCUCUUUAUACAGCAAUUGUUUCAUUCUCAAUUGGUGAAUCGUGCCAAAGUUCUCUAUCCUCACUUCACUACGGCAACAGACACUAGCAACAUACAAGUAGUAUUCCAGGUUGUCAUGGAUACCAUAGUCAGAGAUAAUCUCAAAUCUGUUUCAUUGUUAUGACAACAGAUUAGAUUCUUGUAAUGACAACUUUAAUGUUGUUUCUUAUUAAGCCUCAGCUGAAACAUCAAUGCAUGUUUAUACAAUAUAUCAUGUAUAUGUUGAGUUCGUAGAAACCCAGACAGGAAUUUGUAGCCACUUCUCUUCACUAUGGCAACAGACACUAGCAACAUACAAAUGGUGUUUCAGGU